UUGGUUGUAUGCUGGACUUAUUGGAUUUGACCGGUGCCUUUAACUUAAGCCGUAAAGCUGGUGCAUGUAUUUAAACACACAAUGAUUUUAAAAGAUGCUGCACCUGUUUGCGAAUGUUGCAGAAAACGGGUAGAGGACUGCUUGCCUUGCUGUUGAUGCUGUUGGAGUGGACUCGACCAGGCCUUCUGUCCCCUCUGAGGCCAAUCUGUGACCUGAGGGUCUUGGACCAUAUCAUCAAGGAAGCACGAGACGCAGAAGUCGCUAUGCAGUCAUGCAGAGAAGGAUGCAGCCUGUCGGAGUCCGUCACUGUUCCCCAAACCAAAGUCGACUUUGAUGUCUGGGAGAAAAAAAAUGGACUGGAGCAAGCCCAGGAGGUGCAGUCUGGCUUAUGGCUCUUACAACAGGCCCUCAGCUUGUUACGGACCUCUGUCACCAACACAGCAAUGCACAGCCACAUAGAUAACUCCGUCACAAACCUACUCAGCAUUAAUGCUGUGCUGCGUAGCCUCAACAUCCAGGAAUUUACCCCACCAGCAAGUGCAGCGGGGCUUGAAGGAACAUGGAGGGUGUCCUCUGCAACAGAUUUGCUUCAGGUCCAUGUCAACUUCCUGCGAGGCAAAGUACGCCUUCUUCUAUCGGAUGCACGGCCUUGUCAGCAAGAUAUCAGCUGAUCAGCUGAUCUCUUUACUCCAGGAGAAGCUAAUAUGUGUUUCCGAAGGCAAGAGGAGGAUAUUGACACUGUAGACCUGCACGCUGGCUACUGGAAACAGUGUGGAGAGGCAGAACCAUGUGGCCAUCGUCACAUCCUCACAGAGGAGGAAGAUGAAAGAAGAGGACAGUCCCAGCUAGGCCUUGGGUGGACAGGAGAUGAUUGCACCUUGGAAUGUAUGUGUGAAACAUGGACACAGUGAAGCACACACUGACCAAAAUGAGGCCUGUGGGAAGCACUGCUCCAAUAGCUGUUCUACUGGCGCUCUCUUGCACUUUGUGUGUGUGUGUGUGUGUGUGUGUGUGUACUUUUGUGUAUGUGUGUGGAAAGACUGCAAGUUUACGUAGUGUGUAAGUGUGUCUGGUUCCACAGAGUCUGACCCCUACAGUCACCUCUUUAGAGUGAAUUGUGGAGUGAAACACACAGAAAAUAUUGAUUGCACCUGGAAAUUGGGGACUGUGAGGUUGCAACAAGGCAUCCAUUUCCAAAUACUACUGCAAAAAGGCAAAAGAAGAAUAAGGCCUCACCCCACAAGCCUUUAACAGUUUUCAACUAUGCCUUAGUUGAAUUACUCUUCUCUCUUGGUUUUUUUUUUUUUCAAUUAAUAUUUUUAUAUAUUUGUAAAAGUUGUGCAAUUUCUAUUUAUACAGAUUUUCUACUUUCAAGCUCCAGUCUUUGUAUUUUUUAGUGUCAGAUUUUUUUAGUUGAGCUCUUGUUGCCAUGUUCUUGCUCUUAUUUAACACUGAACACAAUUACAGAGCUGUUUGCUGACAUCAUUUGCAAUGGCACGCUGCUGUCUUCAUUUUUAUAAAGAUUGUGUGUAUUCAACGA